UGCCUUCAAAAUAAGUUGUUGGAAAAAGAAAAUUUUAAAAUAGUUAGAGGGGAGGCGCAAAGCCGUUGAUCAUUGUGGAGGACGCGGUUCCUUCCCUCCAACCUUGACAACCAACAAAUACCCGAAUCUCUAUGUCCACCUUUUCAACAAUUGAUUGAUUGCUCAGUCAAAAUCAAUAUAAACCCUUUCCAUUAUCUUCCCCAUUUCCCCAUUAAACCCUAACCCUCUACUCCGAUUGUUCUCUGAAGGGGAAAAAGAUCAACCCAAGUUUAUGAAUUAAGCACUACGAAGUUCAAGAACCCGAUCUUUCUUCAAUUUGAUCGAUCGGGUUAUAGUUUUUGUUUAGAAAGAUGUCAAAAUUGUAUGGAGGAGAUUUCAAUCAGAAAAUAGAUUAUGUGUUCAAGGCGGUGCUGAUCGGAGAUUCUGCAGUUGGAAAAUCGCAGUUAUUGGCACGGUUUUCGAGGAAUGAGUUUAGUCUGGAUUCAAAGGCAACCAUCGGUGUUGAGUUCCAGACGAGGACGUUAGAAAUCGAUCAUAAGACUAUUAAGGCUCAGAUUUGGGAUACUGCUGGUCAGGAGAGAUAUAGGGCAGUGACAAGUGCGUACUACCGAGGUGCUGUUGGAGCAAUGCUGGUCUAUGACAUCACCAAACGUCAAUCUUUUGAUCAUAUCGCCAGGUGGUUGGAGGAACUACGGGGCCAUGCUGAUAAGAACAUUGUCAUCAUGCUUGUAGGCAACAAGACCGACUUGGGUAGUCUUCGUGCUGUACCUACUGAGGAUGCGAAAGAGUUUGCUGAGAAAGAGAACCUGUUCUUUAUUGAAACAUCGGCCCUAGAAGCAACAAAUGUGGAUACAGCUUUUGUUAAUGUCUUGACGGAGAUAUAUAGGGUUGUCAGCAAGAAAUCCCUUGUUGCCAACGAGGCAGAAUCCACCGCUGGGAGUUCAGCUCUCCUCAGGGGAAAGGAAAUUGUUGUUCCUGGCCAAGGACUUGUACCAAGUGGGAGCUCAUACAGCUGUUGCAGAUCAUCAUAGGAGUCGGUCAAAGUGGUUCUCAAAGUUGUAUAUGUUUUUACGUGUAUCAGAUUUCAAUUCCAUGCACGUCUAUCAAAUGCAAAUUUGAGUGCUACAACUACAUGAUGCUACAUUGGUAUUCAUCCACUUUCCUCUCUCUAAUUUGCACUUUCGUCACAAGUGUAAAAAGAAUUACAGUUCAAAACCAUUAAAUUUCAAUCUUGGUCUUAUGCUAAAUGUGUAUUUGACCAUCCCAAAAAAGGAGUCUGACUAAUCAUCCUUCGUGACUGAAACUUUUAUGAUGAACAUUUUGCAACAAAUCUUUA